GCACUGACACAGAUGACAGCGCGGAGAGAGCGCAGUGUGUGCGGGCGGUGCGGGCGGCUCCACACAGGUGACAGCUCCGGGGGACGGAUGGAGCGGAUCUAGUCCCGCACAUGUACUGACGGCACCGCUCACUUACCGCAGGACAACCGCACUCAGCCAUGCUGCCCAAAGUGGAGUCCGAGGCGCUGGGACUGUCCCGGGCACACGGGGAGCACGGGCAGAUGGCGGACAACAUGCAGGUGUCACAGUUUAAGAUGAUGGGCUACUCGUAUGAUGACGACUUGGAGGAGCUGUGUCCGGUCUGCGGGGACAAGGUCUCUGGAUAUCAUUAUGGACUGCUGACCUGUGAGAGUUGCAAGGGUUUUUUCAAGCGGACGGUUCAGAACAAUAAAAGAUACACAUGUAUUGAAAAUCAGACCUGUCAGAUUGACAAGACCCAGAGGAAGCGAUGUCCUUACUGCAGGUUUCAGAAGUGUUUGAGUGUGGGGAUGAAAUUAGAAGCGGUGAGGGCUGACCGAAUGCGCGGAGGGAGGAACAAAUUUGGGCCAAUGUACAAACGGGACCGCGCUCUCAAACAACAGAAAAAAGCUUUAAUCCGAGCCAAUGGACUCAAACUAGAAGCCAUGAGUCAAGUCAUCCAAGCCAUUCCCACAGACUUGACCAUUUCUUCGGCUAUCCAAAAUAUCCACUCGGCAUCCAAGGGUCUACCUCUCAGCCAUGCCGCCCUUCCUCCCACAGACUAUGACAGAAGCCCCUUUGUGACGUCACCCAUCAGCAUGGCCAUGCCCCCUCACGGCAGCCUACAAGGUUACCAGGCCUAUGGCCAUUUCCCCAGCCGCGCUAUCAAAUCGGAGUACCCGGACCCUUAUACAAGUUCUCCAGAGUCUAUCAUGGGAUACUCUUACAUGGACAGCUAUCAGUCCAGCUCCCCUUCCAAUAUCCCGCACCUUAUAGUGGAACUCUUGAAAUGUGAGCCCGACGAGCCCCAAGUCCAAAGCAAGAUAAUGUCCUAUUUACAGCAGGAGCAGGCCAACAGGAGCAAACACGAUAAACUCAACACCUUUGGACUCAUGUGCAAAAUGGCCGAUCAGACAUUGUUUUCUAUUGUUGAAUGGGCGAGGAGUAGCAUAUUCUUCAGAGAGUUAAAGGUAGAUGAUCAGAUGAAGCUUUUGCAGAAUUGUUGGAGUGAAUUGCUAAUUCUGGAUCAUAUAUUCCGGCAAGUUCUACACGGGAAAGAAGGCUCCAUACUCCUGGUUACAGGCCAACAGGUGGAUUUCUCUGUUAUCGUCACGCAGGCCGGCAGCACGUUAAACAAUCUUAUGAGCCACGCGCAAGAUCUGGUGGCCAAACUUCGGUCGCUGCAGUUUGACCUGAGGGAAUUCGUGUGUCUGAAAUUCCUGGUGCUCUUCAGCCUCGACGUGAAGAACUUGGAGAACUUCCAGUUGGUGGAGGGAGUUCAGGAACAAGUCAAUGCUGCUCUUCUGGACUAUACCCUGUGCAACUACCCCCAGCAAACAGACAAAUUCGGGCAGCUUUUGCUACGGCUACCGGAAAUCCGCUCCAUCAGUUUGCAGGCGGAAGAAUAUCUCUAUUACAAACAUCUCAACGGCGACGUACCGUGCAACAACCUUCUCAUCGAAAUGCUUCACGCGAAGAGGGCCUGACCCCCUCCCGCCUCCCCGCGGAAUCUGAGCACAAACCUUCACAAAGACUAUUUAACUUUAAACAAAACAAAAAAAAAGACUUAAAAAGUCCGAAAAAAGGUAUAAUAAUCACAUUUCUUAAUAGUUAAUACGUGAUGCAUCAGGGUAUUUGUAUUUCAAACUGUGAAUGACAUUACAUAUCCCCCCCCUUCCCAAAAAAAAAAAAAAAAAGGAUUCUGCACGGGACACUGCCUGAACUCAACCUAGCCAAAAGGGAGGAAUCCAAAAAUGGUCGGACCAUUGCUCCUGAAACGGGAUCAAGGAAAAAAUGAGAACAAAACAAUGCAUAAAUAAAAAAAAAAAAGCUACUUUAAUCCCUUAUUUAGUUACACCGAGUAUGUCUAUGCAUUUCCAUUUCAGAGUGUUUUUUCUGGUUGGCCAAGGACUGAAUUCAAACCAAAAAAAAUGUUCAUAUAUGUCUAUAUGAAUAUAUAUCUGCAUGUAAGAGACUCUAUAUACGUUUAUACGGUGGCCUUGUUGGAGACGGGGGGCAAAAUGCACAGAGAUGCUCAGUAUAACUAGUCUAGAAAAAAUGGGCUUGUUGUCCGUAUCGGCCGCCCGAGGUCGACCUCCGAAUCCCAAGACUUAAACGAGACGUCGCACGUUCGGCAGGAGAGAUGCUACUGGGUUGCUCAUAUGUACUUUGCACUGUGUUCGUGGUAUUUCUUAUUGUUACAGGAGAUGGCAACGCUCUCUAUCUUUCUCUCGUUCCUUUGCCAUCAGCCAUUGGAAAUCAAAUCUUUGUAAAGCAGAGAACAACGUUGUGCGUAUAUCAUGUUGUGCGGACGUCCACUUACCUGUAUCGAGCAUAUUCACUGCUUUAUGGUGACAAGACUUUACCCCUAUGUUGUGGUCACUUUAGUGACGGCAAUAUUCACCUUCUUUUAUAGAGCUGUUAGCAAGUUUACUUUAUUCACAAUGGUACUAGCGGAACAGACCAGCGCUAUCCGUGUAUUCUGGUUCAAUCGCUGCUUCUGGUUCAAUUCACCUUUAAUUUGCCUACAUAGGGGAAGAUUUAUCAAAACCUGUCCAGAGGAAAAGUUGUUGAGU